CAGACAGAUAUACAUACAGAGAGACAGACAAAGAGAGACACACACAGAGACAGAGAGAGAGACACGCACACAGAGACAGAGACAGAGAGACACAGAGAGAGAGAGAGAGACACACACACACACAGAGACACAGAGAGAGAGACAGAGAAAGAGACACACACAGACACAGAGAGACAUACACACAGAGAGACACACACACACACAGAGACACACACAAACAGACAUACAGAGAGAGAGAGACACACGCAGACAUAGAGAGAGAGAGAGAGACACAGAGACAUACAGAGAGAGAUACACACACAGAGACACACACACAGCUGAAAAACAUGUCAUAACCUCACAUGACAAGUUUCCAAUUUCCUACCACAGCUUGUUAUAAAAACGACACGCCAGCACACGGACACAGCUGCGCUCUACCGCUGGCACUGAAUCAUUCGGCAGAGUCAAAAAAAAAAGAAUGCUGUCUCUCGCGGUCCUGGCGCUGUUUGUCCCUCUGGUCAGCGGUCAUCUGGGUGCUGACCCCUCUCUGGACAAUGCCUGGAAGCUCUGGAAGGACUACCAUCAGAAGCAAUACCAGAGAAAGGAGGAAGAGCUGUCGAGACGUCUGAUCUGGGAGAAGAAUCUCAAGGCCAUUGAGAUCCACAAUCUGGAGUUCUCUCUGGAUCUGCACUCCUACAGGCUGGGGCUCAACCAACUGGGGGACCUGACCACGGAGGAGGUUGAUGCCAUGCUGAACGGACUCUUAGUGCCAGCGGCGGGCGAGAUGAACCACACCUUCACCCUGCCACCCGAUGCCCGCGUGCCUCUGACCAUGGACUGGAGGCUGGAUGGGUUUGUGACUAAAGUGAAAAACCAGGGUUCCUGUGGCUCCUGCUGGGCAUUCAGCUCUGUGGGGGCCCUUGAGGGCCAGCUCAAGAGAGGCACGGGCCAGCUGGUCAGCCUCAGUGCACAGAACCUGGUGGACUGCUCCUGGAGCUACGGAAACCAUGGCUGCCAUGGCGGUUUGAUGAGCAAAGCCUUCCGCUACAUCGAAGACAACAAGGGCAUUGACUCGGAUGCAGCAUACCCUUAUGAACACAAGGAAGGAAAAUGCCGCUACAAUGUGUCGGGCUGGGCUGCCACCUGCUCUGGAUACAAGAUCCUGCCACGAGGGGACGAGACUGCCCUGCAGUACACCGUCGCCCGCGUCGGACCCGUGGCCGUGGGCAUCGAUGCCACCCGGUUCUCCUUCCACCACUACAGAGGAGGUCUGUAUUAUGACCCUUCGUGCAGCAGUAAGAAGUUGAAUCACGCCGUGCUGGUGGUGGGGUACGGCACGGAGAACGGUCACGAUUACUGGAUUGUGAAAAACAGCUGGGGCACCUCCUGGGGUGAAAACGGAUACAUCCGCAUGGCGAGAAAUCGGGACAACAACUGCGGUAUCGCUACAUACUCCAUCGUGCCAAAACUGUGAUCGACUGCUGGCAGAGAGGGACCACAGCCAUGGUCAAGCACAGCAAUGCCAUUGUCUGCGUGCCACACGACAACAGGCACUCGAAUAGCACGGGCGCGCGGCUCUGUUUUAUACAGUGUUACUGGCACUGAAACCCCGCUUUAGGUAGAUGUGUUUAGGUGGCAAAAGCUGAUUGGCUGUAGAUUUCUCCCAGUGUGUCGAAUUGAUAGUUUAAACUAAGAAACGCGAUGCAUUGAUCUGCAUGGAAAGCAGCGUACAACAAGAAACGCUUUGGUGUAAUGCACCAACUGGCCAGACGGGGGUGCUGUUUUGUCUAUUUUAUAUAUAUAUAUAUAUAUAUAUAUAUAUAUAUAUAUAUAUGUACCUGUUACAGUUAAGACUUUUGCAUUCUCUUAAGGGUUCGUAAUGACGUCAUUUUCACCCUUCAUGUAAAUGUGCUUUAUUUUGCUCUUAUCUGCCCCCUAUUUUACUGCAUUUAAUCCUGUACUUCAGAAUACUGUAAUCUGCCAAGUGUUUAACCUGUAGUACUUUGUAUUUAAUCAUAUCCUGAUGUAACUAUCACUAUUUAAUCAUAUCCUGAUGUAACUAUCUCUAUUAUCUGCUGUAUUAUUGAAUUUUGGUUUGUCACACUUGUACUUUGCUUGAACAAAAGUUAUUGUAUUUCUUGCUCUUAUUGUAUUACUUGUAUUGUAACACUUGAAAUGUAUUUGCUUACGAUUGUAAGUCGCCCUGGAUAAGGGCGUCUGCUAAGAAAUAAAUAAUAAUAAUAAUAAUAAUAAUAAUAAUAAUAAUAAUAAUAAUAAUAAUAAUAAUAAUAAAUGAUAUUUUUUAAAUGUUAUGCUCAUCUCUAGCUUUGCAACACUGUGUGUGUUUUAAGAUACUCUUUAUCGUGAAUCCAUGCUAAAAUAUUAAUAAAAUAAAAAGAUUUCAUUUUUAACAUUAUUUUUUUGUUGUCGUUGUUUAUUGAUUGACUGAUUCAUUAGAAUGAUCCUGCACGGUAUUUUAUACAUUCCCAAGUAACCUGCUGGGUGAAGUGAGCAAGCAAGUAUACGGGAUUUCCUGCAAAGCCAGUGUACCGUCAGAAUAUGCCUCCCUGUCAGAAUGUGCUACCCAUAGCAAAUUCUGACAAUUAUAGAUGUCGAAAUU